AUGGAGAACGAUGCGAAUGUAACAAGCGCUCCAGGUCUCGAAAAUGCAAAGAAAAACUACAUGCUGCCAAAUAAUCAGAGAGAAAUUGAGCGGAUGAGGAACCAACAUGAAUGGAUUAAAGUUUCCUUUGGGGGUUUGAUCAAAGCCCCGGUCGACUUCAGCAAGAAGCACCAGAAAAUAUUGGACGCAGCAACCGCAGAUGGAACGUGGUUGCUCGAUGCAAGGACACUUUUCCCACCGGAAACCGAGUUGGUGGGUUUCGAUAUCGCUCCCGAGCUCUUUGGGCCACCGGAAUUACGACCCCAGAACGUAAGCCUCGUUACUGCGGACCUGCUAGCAGGUCUUCCUGCCGAAUGGGAUGGAUGCUUUGAUCUGGUUCAUCAGCGUUUCGUGUUUCCGAAUUUUAGCAGCGACAUCAUCUCCCAAGUCCUUGGUGGCCUGAUGAAAUGCGUGAAGCCGGGUGGCUGGAUCCAGCUCGUUGAGCCUUGUGCAGGCGAGAAUGUGUCGGGGCCAGACCCCAAGUGGUUUCUGCUCCUUCAUCAGCUUUCCAACCACUUUAUGAGGUCUGCGGCCCCAAGAGACGCAAUUCUCGCCGCACUCAAAGAUGGAGGCUUCGUCAACAUCAGUAUCGAGUCGUUGGAUAUUGUGAUCGGAAAGCACCAACCUAAUAAAGAAAUGGAUGCCCGAGGUCGGAGAAGCAUGCAAGACGCGGUUCGUAAUAUGUAUUCAAUGGUUAGCGCCGAACAGCUCGGUAUGCCGAAAGAAGACCUGGAGACAGUGCUUGGCAGGUUCGAAGCUGAUAUCGAGAAAUACCGUACAGCUGUGCGUCAUAUUAUUAUUUGGGCUCAGAGGCCAGAGUAG